AUGGCUGGGACAAGCCUUAGGGAUUUGCUGCCGGAGAUCCUCUCUUUGAUAUUAGAGGAGCUCCCCGACCUCUACUCCCUCUUUUCGGCCGCCCGCAGCCUGUCACGCCCCGACGUUUGGGGCGACCUUCCGCGUAUCUCACGGCAAAUCUUCAGGUGCACGUGUCUUGAUGCAAAGAUGGAUGAGAGGGCCAGCCUACCCAAAGUAUUCUGGGGGCUGCUGUCUGCUACCGAGUGCCGUGAGCUCGACGGAAACGCCCUUCGCCGCCUCUUUGACGAGGGCUGGAAGGUCUCAAUUGGCCUUGGCCUCGAGGAGGCACUGAUCCCUAUCGGAAUGGUCCUAGCUAGGCGCCUGUCCUCCGAGGAGGCUAUAGGCUUCUUGAUCGGUCUCUGCGUCCGAUGCGCCCCGUGCGGCUGGUCUAUCUUUAGUAAGGGGCGCCGGCCGGGUCGGCCACUUGGUCGAGUUCCGGCGCUCUAUCCCGUCGUACUGGAGGCGGAGUAUAUCGCGUCGUGGUCCGUCGCCGUCGAAAGUGGAGGAGGCAUCCGGCUCUACGGGGGACCCGGAGGUGGCGACUAUGAUACGCUCCAGAGCAGUGGGAUGCUCCGCCUAGACUCUGCGGCUUGCGAGAUGGUUAUCAAAGUUGGACGUACCAGCCGUAGGGGGCUACACAAGCUAAUUCUAAGCAAGCUAGAUGCAUUUGUCCAAAGAAGAGAGCAGGCGGGUCCUCAACUUACGGAGGUUGACGUCGAGGAGCUAUUCCCCCGGGAAACUGCGUCGUCCACGUUGGCGGAGUGCCAGCGAGUGCUCCUACAGCGCCUUCGUUACAGGGAUAAAAAGCGCAAGCGCUUGUCUAGCUAG